AUGAGUGAGGCUAGCGAGGGUGUCGGUGCCAAGGGCAGCACUGUGCAAGUGCCAUGGGCGAGGCUGGCUCAGGGACAGGCGUUGGGUGCCAUCAGCGGAGCAGGAAAGGUGGGGGUGGUCUUGGCUUCAAAGGCAGGGCACCAUGGUCGUCGGACGCAGGGACACAGCAGGCGCUUGGGCAAGGGUAGGUUCCGGAGCAAGUAUGGGUGCUUUAGCAUAGAUGGCGCAGGUGCAGGCGGAGCUAGGUGA